AUGGCUGAAGGUACACCAAGUCCGAAGAGAGCACGAAACGACGCCAAUGUUAGGAAUGACAGUGAUAGUGGAGAGGACGCGAUUGGUCCUAUGCCAGCAUCUAAAGAGAAUUUAGAAGUCAAGAAUUCGAAACGAAGAGUUCUAGAGUUUGAGAAAGUCUACUUAGAAUCUGUGCCAACGGCAAACAUGUAUGAAAGGAGUUACAUGCAUAGAGAUGUCGUGUCUCACAUCAAAGUCACUAAGACUGACUUUAUUAUCACAGCUAGCGUUGAUGGACAUGUGAAGUUCUGGAAGAAGCAAGAAGAAGGAAUUGAAUUUGUGAAGCAUUUCCGAGCUCACUUAGGAACUAUCGAGUGUGUGUCAGUUAGUGUUGAUGGUUUACUCAUGUGUACCAUAUCGAGUGACAAAUCACUGAAAGUGUUUGAUGUGAUCAAUUUUGACAUGAUCACGAUGAUCAAGCUGGGUUAUAUCCCUGGCUGUUGUGAGUGGAUUUAUCCUCCCGGAGCAGCAGUGGCUGCAGUGGCUGUGUCUCUGAAAGAGGAAUCCACAGUUCAUGUUUAUGAUGGGAGGGGAGACAGUCAGCCAUUGCAUGUAUUCGCUACUCUUCACAGCAAGCCGUGUACUUUUAUUAAGUAUAAUCACGUGUUUGACACUGUUGUAUCUGGAGACACGAACUAUAUGAUUGAGUAUUGGGCAGGUCCUACAGGAGACUACACGUUUCCCAGUGGAGUUGAUUUCGAAUUUAAAACUGACACAGACUUGUAUGAAUUUGCUAAGAAUAAAGCUAUUCCAUUUAUGUUGUCAUUUUCACCUGAUGGCAAGCAGUUUGUUGUAAUGGCAUCAGACAGGAAGGUACGCGUCUUUCGGUUUUUAACAGGAAAAUUGUACAGAGUAUUUGAUGAGAUGCUCUCUGUUUACAGUGAAACACAAAAGGCAAAUGCUCAUCUCCCUCAAAUGGAUUUCUCUCGCCGCAUGGCACAGGAAAAAGAUCUUGACAAGAAUGUAACUGAAGGACUAAAGUUUGUCAACGCAGUGUUUGAUGAAAGUGGUAAUUUUAUAUUAUAUCCGACCAUGCUAGGAAUUAAAGUUGUGAAUGUGUACACAUGCAAGUGCAUUAGAAUGUUGGCCAAGGAAGAGACAAUACGCUUUCUUCAAUUAGCAUUGUAUCAAGGAAGAAGUGCAAAAACAGUGGCAACGCUAACUUUAGAAAUGCAAGUUUCUGAUAACCCUGGUCUUCAGCUGGCACAUCCUGAUCCAACACUCUUCUGUACUGCUUUGAAAAAGAAUCGUUUCUAUUUAUUGACUCAGAGAGAACCGGAGGAAAAUAACAAAACUGGCGAGAAUGAACGAGACGUGUUUAAUGAGAAACCGUCCAAGGAAGAGCAAAUGGCAGCUACUCAAGCAUCCACUGAGAGGCGUGUUGGUGACUCAGUUGUAAUACACACAACUAUGGGAGACAUUCAUAUACGACUAUUUCCGAAAGAAUGUCCAAAGACAGUGGAAAACUUUUGUGUUCACAGUCGGAAUGGUUACUAUAAUGGUCAUAUGUUUCAUCGAAUUAUUAAAGGAUUUAUGAUUCAAACAGGCGAUCCCCUUGCUAAUGGCACUGGAGGGGAAUCAAUUUGGUCGGGUGAAUUCGAGGAUGAGUUUGACAGAAAUCUCAGACACGAUCGUCCAUACACAGUGAGUAUGGCUAAUGCGGGACCAAACACAAACGGCUCACAGUUUUUCAUCACAGUGUGUCCGACUCCGUGGCUAGACAAUAAGCACACAGUGUUUGGUCGAGUAACAAAGGGCAUGGAAGUAGUGCACACCAUUAGUCAAGUGAAGACGAACCCUCGCAAUGACAAGCCAUUUGAAGACGUGAAAAUAGUCAGUAUCAUAGUCAAAUGAUGCCAGAGGCUCCAAUAUACCAAUGGACCUUGCAAUAUCACUAACAGCAUAUGUGCAAUGUAUACACAAGCAAUCGUAGGGAUUUUCUUAUCUAACAAUUUUAGUACAAGGCAGCAAUGUAUUCCAAUGUACACGCCUGAAUCUACUCGUAAUAGACACCGUAAACUUG